AUGGCGACCGAUAUUGCGGCUCAACUUGCCGACCCCGCCAUGAUCAAGUUUCUCGGCGCCAAAUACUGGAACCAUUUCGCCAUCCAGCUCGGCCACUGGAACACCAUGAAGGUCGUCAUCAUGGAUGAAGAGAUGUUUCGCUUGAUCCCUACUGCCGUCAAAAUUGAAAUCGCUCGCGAGAUGACCAAGUAUCUGGAGGAGCCCGUGAUGUACGCUCGCGACUGUGACAACAAGAGUGUCUGGAUCCUUGGUCCCAUUAGGAUCAUGCAUCCUGACACUACCGUCGUGGGCAACGUCCCCGUUUGGGACCCCAAGAAGAAGCUUGUUCCUCCCCCGGAUCUCAAGAAGCUUCCUCGCCCCCAGAACGCGUACAUUUUGUACCGCAAAGACAUGCAGAACAAGGUCAAGGCUGACAACCCUAACCUUCACAACAACGAGAUUUCGAUUCUCACUGGUGCCAUGUGGAAGAGCGAGACUCCUGAGGUCCGCGCCAAGUACCACCACAAGGCCGCGGAGAUCAAGGCUGAGUUCAUGCUCAACAACCCUGAUUACCGAUACACUCCCCGCAGGCCUUCUGAGAUUCGCCGUCGCGUGAUUCGUCCCCCCGGCUUCCAGCACAGCGCCCAUGUCAGCGCCCUAGACGAGAACCGCCGGGAAGGUUUGAAGAUCACCAGCGAGAUCACCAGCCACAUUCCCGCUGCUCAGCGCUUCUUGCCUCCCGUGGCUGAGGCUGGAUGGACCCCUUAUCACCUGGUGCCUGGCGCCUCCACUCCCACUGAGCCUGCUCUGGAGGAUACCGGCGAUGACGAGGCCGCUACCCCGGACGAGCAGAUUGAGACUCCGGCUGCCGAACCUCAUGUUGACGCUGACGCUGCCAUGAACGACGCCCGUGGUCCACUUUCUAUGGAAGAGAUCAUGGACGGCUGGGAUGCGGGUGCCGACAUCACUCAGAUUCUCGCCCAUAUCUAA